UAGCGCAGCCACCUGUUUAGAAUACUCCACAGCCCAGCGACACUGGCCAUGUUAGGGCCGUGGAGGCCCGGCAAUCAAAUAAAGCCGCAGCCCCUCUCGCUAACCUCAUGCCAGACAGAGCAACUCCUGCUCAGAACAGAAAACAUCCUGGCCACUGGAUUCAUUGCAAAACGGGCGCGUAUCUUUCCCCUGAAAUAUUGCAAAUUUGCUGUCUUGGAAGCAACAACAAAAAAGGUACAGCAUUUCUAAUCAUAACUGUAUCGACGAGGUCAUGUGCGGCCCCUUCAAGAGCAUCGGAGGCAUCCUGCGUCUGCUGGAGAUGAUCUUCAGCGGCGUCGCCCUCAUCCUGGUGCUGUUCCGGGGGGGCAUGGGAAGCCCCUGGGGCGUCUGGUGCGACUUCGUCUGGCUCUUCUGCUUCCUCAUCCCGCUGCUCAUCACGGUGGCCGAGGCCCUGAAGAUAAAUGUGCUUAUGAAGAUGUUCCUCCCAGAUUGGGACGACCUCACCUGCGGCCUCACCAUGAUCUGCACGCUGAUGAUCGCCUCUGCCAGCAUCAUCUACGCAACCGGCUACGCCUGCUUCCACUGUGUGCUCAGCAUCCUGGUUGUGACCUUCUCCCUGGCCGCCACCGCCGCCUUCCUGGUGGACGCCAUCCUGCAGAAGCUCAAGUGUCCCAGCGGCUACCUCUCGCGCCUCAGAGGCGUCCUGCGCUUCACCGAGGCCUUUGUGGCGUGCCUCCUACUCACCGCCGCCACCAGCUACUUCCUGUACGUGGACUGGUACCACCGGUCGGCCGGCAUGAUGUGGGCGCUGUUCGUGUUCACCGUUUGCCUGCUGGCCAACGUGGUGCUGAUCCUGUUCAACCUGGUGAAGCUGCUCCGCGACCUCCUGCCCAAGGCGUGGCUGGAGCUUGUGUACAACGUUGUGGCCUCGCUGCUGUACCUGUCGGCCGCCAUCCUCUGGGCGGUGUUCGGCUACUGGGGCUACUUUGAGCGCAGGGAGGACAGCAGGUACUUCUGCAGCGGCUGCUCUCUGGGGGAUCUCCACGUGGUCAUGGCCGGCGCGCUGCUCAACCUCCUGCUCUACAUACUGGACCUGGUCAUGUCCAUCAAGGCUCGCUAGCGAGGGACCCCGCCACACACACAUCAAGGCUCGCUAGCA